AUGAUCCAACUACUCGCCAUCGUUCUCAUGUCUGCUCUCCACGCUGGAUCGUCAAUCGCCCAGCAGUAUCCACUACCUGUAACCUAUGACACCGUUAUCAAGUCGCCUGCAGACCCGCGCAUCACCAUAUCCUAUAAAUCACCCGACGCCCACGUAUGCGCAACAGCGUUUGAGACGCAGAAGCAGUAUACUGGAUAUGUCAACAUUCCCCCGUUCACGCUGUCGCCGGCCGAGCAAAACUACCCAAUCAACACCUUCUUCUGGUUCUUCGAAGCACGUGAGAAUCCAGAAACCGCUCCGUUGACCAUCUGGCUCAGUGGAGGACCUGGAAGUUCGAGCAUGAUUGGUCUCUUCUCCGAACUGGGACCAUGCGAGCUGGUAGAAGGGCCAAACGGCAGCUACGUCUCUCAGCCUAGGGUUUGGGGAUGGGACCGCAGCUCCAACAUACUCUUCAUCGAUCAACCUACACAAGUCGGCUUCUCGUACGAUGAGCCCGUCAAUGUUUCGGUCGACUUCAGCAAAGGCUAUUGGGCGGAUCUAGACCAGCGCAUGGAACCUUCUCCCCUUCCCGCCGACAUCCCGGAAUGGCGCUUCAAGAACGGCACUUUCCCCUCUGCCAGCUCUAGGAAAACCGAGAACUUGACCGUCAUUGCCGCGGAUUCCUCAUGGCACUUCCUUCAAGGCUUCCUGUCAGCCUUUCCCCAGUACAAUCCUGGUGUUCGAUCCGACAGCGACAACGUCAACCCCUCUGAGAUAAACCUGUUCGCUGAGAGCUAUGGGGGUAUCUAUGGUCCUGUCUUCGCAGAUCAUUACGAAGAGCAGAAUGAUCGUCGAAAGAAAGGCGAUCUUCCGGCUGAAACGUUGGAGAUACGCGUUGGUUCAGUGGGUAUUAUCAACGGUAUAAUGGAUGUCAGAACUUCAACAACCUCGGGCUUGCUCUUCGCAUACAACAAUACCUACGGCAUCGAAGGCUAUGAUCUCACAACUUAUCAAAACACGAUAUCAGAGGUCUACGCAGAAGGGGGUUGUGUAGAUUUGGUUGACCAGUGCGCUUCUGCGGCUGCUGCCAAUGAUCCCCAAGGUCUGGGUACCGUCCAGGAAGUGAACGACAUCUGCAUAAGUGCGCUCUUAACAUGCCAAACAAACGUUGGCCCCGCCUAUCUUCCAGGUAGAAGUAUCUACGACAUCCGAGCUCUCCCAACAGUUGGCCCUAGUGACGCGCUUGAGACGUACCUUAACGAAGAACACAUUAUGCAAUCCGUGGGUGCUCCAGUCAACUUCACUUCUACGAAUGACAUGGUUUUGGAUGCUUUCAGCUACAACGGAGACUCUGCCCGCGGAGGCGCAUUGGAGGCCGUGGCAGACCUGCUCUCCCGCGGCAUCAAAGUCGGCCUCAUCUACGGUGACGCGGACAUCAUAUGCAACUGGUAUGGAGGACAGAACAACUCUCUCGAGAUCGCCAGUCGUGUGCCAGGCUACGAGACGGCUUUCAAAGAAGCUGGAUAUGCGGACAUUCAGGUGAACGACUCUUACGUUGGCGGCGCUGUUCGUCAAUAUGGCAACCUAUCCUUUUCCCGCAUCUACGACUCCGGCCACUACGUCCCGAAAUUUCAGCCAGAGACCGCCUUUACCGUCUUCAGUCGCAUCAUUCAUGGCGACGAUAUCAGCACCGGUCGCGACGUGGACCUGUCCAGCUUCAGUACAGAAGGCCCUAGCACCUCUGAGCACAGAAAUGACCCAGGAGAGAGCCCUCCAUCCAUCUGCUGGGUUCGUCAAGCUGUCCUUGCCUGCACGGAGGAGGAAAACGCAGCUAUCAUCGCGGGCAAUGGUACUGUGAAGGCAGGCAUCUGGUAUCCAUCCGAGGGGGACGUGCCGACUAGCGCGGGUGAAUCCGAACCGCAGCCCACUGCGACGAACUCGGUGCCUAUGACUGGAGUGUACACCGCUACCGGCGACCAGAAGGUUAAGCAGACCUCUGGAGCAUCGGCACUCCGAUUCAAUCUCCGGUUUAGCCGUUCGCGCCGUCAAAUCCCAGGCGAUCUAUUGUCUGAAACGGAAGAUUCGCGCGACAAGGACAGUAGCAUCAGAAACGGUCUCAUUGGUGGUCUCGCUGCAGCGGUAGCUCUGUUGCUGUGA